AGUGGGCUUCCUUAAUAGCAGGACAAAGGAAGGAAUAGUUAUACGAGGCAAAGCAGUUAUAGUUUUGAGUAGGAGGCUGCUCUUGCUUGGGUCUUUGAAUUCUCAAUCGGACAAAUCUCAGCCGUUAGAUAAGGUUGGCGUAGGAUUCUCAGUUGAGUACACGUGCUGCUCUCUUCCCUUUACUUUUUUUUAUUUUUUAUUUUUUAUUUUUUUUUAAUCUUUGCUUUCCAUGCAUGGAUUUCUCCUCCCCAAGUAUAGUCGUGAUGAGUUUUUGUAGAGAGAGAAAGUAAGAACUAGCCACGAUGAGAGAGAAAGAGAGAGAGUAAACCGCUCUCACUCUUUUAAUUUUUCUUCUUUGGCUUGUUCAUCGCCAUCAUUAGCAGCAACAAAGGUAACAAACCCACCUCUUCGAAUUUGAUCUUUUCCUUCAAAUUUCAACUACUCGAGAGCUACUAGUGACAGAGAGACACUACAUACCCACUAUAGGCUUCCUUUUUUCUUUGCUUCCCCUGUACAUCAGAUCUUGUUCUUGCCCAAUAAUUCAAUUUUAAUCUGUGAAAAUAUCAAGAACACUCAUCACCCACUUGAAUUUUCUCAUCAGAUUUGAACUUUCUAUCUAUUUUCUUUUUUUAUUUUCUGGGCCACAGUUGGUUAUAUACUCUGUUCCUCCAUUUCAUUGGCAGAGUGUAAUGAGAUCGAAACUGUAGCAUUUUUUCUCAAAUUUGUGAUCAGAUUUGAUCUUUUUUUGGGUAAUCUGAUUUGUUUAUUGCAAUUCUGAUCCAUGGAAGAAGAUCAACACAUGAAACUACAUGUGUGCAAGUUCUGCAACAAAAGCUUCCCAUGUGGUAGGUCAUUGGGAGGUCACAUGAGGUCUCAUCUGAUCAAUUCAGCUGAUCAUCAAACUGAUGGAAAGCUCACCAAAAAGAAGCUCUCAUCUGUCAAAAAUGGUGGAAACAAAGCUAAUAAUGCCACUGUUUAUGGCCUCAGAGACAACCCCAAGAAGACAUGUAAAUUUGCAGAUUCAAGUGAUGGUACUACUCUGCUUCAUGAUAAGCUCUGCAGAGAGUGUGGCAGAGGUUUUCAAUCUUGGAAGGCCUUGUUUGGCCACAUGAAAUGUCACUCUGAGAGAUUCUCAAACAUUGUGGGGGAAGAUUCAUGGACUAGUGCUGGUCACAGACAGGUCACAGACAGCCAAUCUGACAGCGAAUUCGCGGCGUCGAAUCGGAGGAAGAGAUCGUCAAGAAGAGUAACAACAAGGUACACCAACACUACAGCUUCUUCCUCUUCUUUAUCUACUGUUUCUGAGAUUGAGCAAGAACUAGAAGAGGUUGCUAUUUGUUUGAUGAUGCUCUCAAAGGAUGUGACUCAAUGGGGUGGUUUGAACUCUGUUGCUGAGUCCUCAGAUAAUAAUUCUGAGUUUUUGGAAGCUAAGAAAUCUCUCAAGUUCAAGAAACUAAGAAAUGGGAAGUUAGAGUCUACUGUUUUGGAUUCUGAGAAAUCACAGUGUCCUGAGAAACAAUCAGAAUUUGCUGAUUUUGGGUUUUCAAGAAAAGGGUCUAAAUUGAACAAAUCAGAAGUUUUAGCAAAUGGGUUGCUUAAAAGUGACAACUUUAGCAAGUCUAAAGUGGAUGAAUAUGUAGUUGAAUUGGGGAAGAAUUCAAUCAAUGAAACUGGAUUUGAUCAUGCUGAAUUGGGUUCUAAAAAGUGUAGUUCAAACAAGAGAAAGUGUAGUGAUUCUUUUGAUCCUAAAUUGGGUGUUUUUGACUCUGAGAAGAGAAGCAAAUUUGAGUGUACUACUUGCAAUAGGUUCUUUCACUCAUACCAAGCUCUUGGAGGCCACAGAGCUAGCCACAAGAAGAUCAAAGGCUGCUUUGCUUCGAAAACCGAUAGCAGCGAAAACAACAGCAUAGAAACUGAGAUCUCUCCUUACCCUAUUGCUCAGGACAAGCUCAUCAAGUCCUCCAACAGAGAGAAUCACAUUGAGCAGGAAGAGCUUGCAGGCUAUGGCGAAAAGGCCGGGACGAGUUAUGGGUCAAAGAAGAGCAAGGGACAUGAAUGCCCCAUUUGCUUCAAAGUGUUCUCAUCAGGCCAAGCUCUUGGUGGUCACAAGAGAUCACAUUUGAUUGGUGUCUCUGAGGCCAGAAGCCACCAGACCAUUGUCAUUCAGAAGCCAAUUCCGGAAAUUCGAGACCUUCUUGAUCUCAAUUUGCCUGCUCCUAUUGAAGAAGACAGCAAUGGCAAUGGCCAUGUUGGGUUCAAGCCAUGGUGGGUUGGAACUAACCACAAGCAUGAGCCACUUGUGAGUAUGCUCUCUAGCUAACUCAUUCAGGUUCUACCAUUUCUUUCCUUCAAAAGGUUCAAGAUUGUGUACAGAUUCAUUAAUUCUUUACAAAUCUGAAGCAUUUUGCUUA